GGGCGUGUUAAUCGACUUGUGAGUUGUGUUUACUAAACAUUACUAUAUUAUUUUGAGCAGUAAAUAAUUAACAAUUAUUGAGUUUGCAUUCCAGGUUCGGGUGGAUGUAUAUUUUGUCUCACACCUUUCAUUAAACUUUUUCAAAUUUCAAUAUUCAUUUCAUGAACCGUGACAAUUCAAUGUGACCAUCUAACGUUAAAAAAAAAAACCACGACUCCUAAAAUUUUGUAUUUCAUGUAGAUUUUCUCGGUUGACAGUUCAGUUUUUAUUGUUCAAUAAUUAUACGUACAUUUUUUUGAUUUCACCGUUUCUUUCGACAUGUACGCCAGAAGUAAAACUCCCAGCAUGGGAACGCCGUCCGUCUACUCGAUACACGCCAGUCAUCUGACUAUCCGAUCUUCUAACCUGCGGUCGACGCGUUCCAUGAAAUCUUUGCGUAUACCAUGGUACCAACGUCCUAUACUGAAAGACGCUUACUUCCUUGAUACACAGAGAGGUGCACUUGUCAUUGCCUUCUAUUCUCUGUUUCUAAGCAUUUUUACAUUGGUGACAUCCGCUUUUGAUACUUAUUGUUUGGCCAUGGCUGCUCCUGGAUCUACACAUUAUGGUUACUAUGUCAUGAGCUAUCAGUUUGUGUAUGUUGGAAGCUCUUGGGUCAGAAAUUUGUUGGUCUUAUUCUCGUUGUUUUCGUUUGUUGUGGCAGCUGUUAUUUUUGUGACAAGUUUGAUUUUAAUAUCUGCGUUACGCAAAGAGCACGAGAAACGGAUUGUGCCUUGGUUAUUUUCGUUUGCUGCAUUUACAGUAUUUCGAUUUAUUGCUUGGUUGUUUUCUUCAAUAGCCAACGAUCCCAUAUUUGGAUAUAAUUUCACCAUGAUUUUGUUGGGAGCAUUGUUCAGUGUCAUCAAUGUAUACGGUUGGAUACUUGUAUACUCUUUGUACUUGGAACUGUUUGAUUUGACUAAACUUGAAGAUUUAGCACAUUUAAGAAUUGGAACUAUGGCCUCGCUGAAUGCAUCUACAACACAUUCUUUAGCUGGAUCUCGUCCCACUACUCCUCAUAGUACAGUCUCCACUGUUCCAGUAUAACAUGAUAAUAUUUUAUUGACAAAUCGACCUGGGAAAUGUAGUAUUUACUAUUUUAUUUUUAAACUAUAGUAUAGUCAUUAAUCUAGACUUGAUAUAGAUCCGGGUAUCCGGACUAGCAAGGUCUGGAUUAGCAAGACUCUACUUACUGUAUUAUUGGUAUUAUUAUUUAGAUUUAUGACAAUGCGCUUGACACAAUGUAAUCUUAUCCGUCCAUUUUGUGUUCAAAUGUUAUAUGUUGACAAUUAAUCAGUAUUUUUUUUAAUCAUAAGUAUUGUAUUUUAUUUUUAUACUUGAAUACAUUUUAUAUCAUUAUUUUUAACGUGGGUUAAGUAUAUUGCACCUACAUUGACUAAUCUAUUGCAGAGCUUCCACUUAGUAAUAGUAAACAAAACAAAACAAAAACUCACUUUCCCACUACAAAUAAGAAAAUUAAAAUUGUUAAUGAAAACAUUCAUUGCCAUUUAUGUAGGGACUGUGGGAUUCCAAUGCUCCCAACCCAUCAGAUAAUUUAUAUUGCUUACAUAUUUUCCUAAACAAAACAUGAACACUGUAAUGUUAAAAACAUUUUUUUUUAGAAUAUUUCGUAUCAAAAUUGAUUUUUAGUAUUGUAUAGGGCCUUAUAAAAUUAUCCCUUAUAACCCUUUCUAAGAAAUUUUUUUUGUUUAUAUGCCACUGAAACACAAUCACUAUUUUGUUUUUACUUUUAUCUUAGUUGCCUAAGUGGACCUGGCAUAACAUAUAAAUUGACAA